AUGCCAAUUUGCUUUGCUAGAGAUCUCCUAGCGAGAUCUUCAUUUUCUAAUGAUGUUCAAAAUACUGCAAAGAGUUUCAGCAGUUGGGAUUCGUGUAUGAAUGAUAAACCAUGUAAGAUCAUAGCUAUUGUUGGUAUUGCCCUUGCAUCGAUUGUCGCCAUUUGGCUUAUAGGAGGAUUGCUUACUUGUUUCAGACAAGGUGUUACUGGUAUUGGUGGAUUCUUUUGUUGGUGUUGUAACUGUAAGCCACGUAGUCGUAAUACAAAGAUGCAACCGGUGAAUGAUGGUUACUCAAGAAGCCAAAUGGUAGGAAACCCUUCAACUGUUAUCUACCAACCUAUACAACCACCGGAAUCUGCUUAUUCUCGUCAUGGUCACGAUACAUAUUAUGAUGAAAGGAAUAAAUCCGGUGAAGUAUUUGAAUUGGAACAGGAAUUUGAUCUCGAGAAGCAGAGACAAAAAUCUUUGAAGGGAAAGCAUAGAUUACCGGCUGUAGUCCAUGAUAAUGAACCAUCAGUUUACGAACCUCGUUCUGGCUUAACUAAUCCUUGGAACGAUUAUAACAACAAUAACACAAGUCCUUAUCCAAAUGAUGAUUUUUCAUAUCGAGGCUACGAAUAUCAAAAAUACUAA